UGUGGCGCGUGAUAAUUUACAAUACUUGCCAUCAGUUUUUGUUUAAUAGUAUAUUAAGUUUUUUCCUCAUAAUUCCGCGCUGUUGACGCUUGUGGAAAUAAAAAGGGAUUCAGCUAUUAAAUUGAAUUAUAACUCCUACAAAAAUGAGCUACAGGGAUACGGCUGUUCAGCAGUGCACAUUGUUUCCGAGACACAAAUACUGUGCUGCUAAUGAACAACGGGUAGGAUCCUACCUGCGAACACUAAUGAGUUUCGGCUCAUCGUCGUCGAUGUCCGUGCUGAGCUCGCUGAGCGCGUACCGGCGGCCGAUGGACGUGCACUCCUACAGCCCCACGCCGGACGUUAAUGAGGUGUAUCCUGGACUCUACGUCGGGGAUGGGGUGGCCGCAAAAGACAAGGCGUUCCUCCGCCGGAUGGGCAUCACCUACGUGCUGAACACCGCCGAGGGCAAGCGGUACACACAGGUCGACACCGACCACCUCUACUACCGCGACUGUCCCGGCUUGCGGUACAAGGGCUUCCCGAUGAUGGACUUGCCCACCACCGACAUAUCCAAGUAUUUCCACAUCGCUGCCAACUUUAUUGACGAGGGCAUUUCUAGAGGAAGUCGCGUGCUCGUCCACUGCUUCAUGGGCGUGUCCCGGUCGGCGACCUGCGCCAUCGCGUUCCUCAUGAUCAAGCGCAACAUGUCGCUCACGGAGGCGCUGGCGACCGUGCGCGCGCGCCGCGACAUCCACCCCAACGAGGGCUUCCUGCGCCAGCUCCAGGCGCUCGACCGGGACCUUCGCCUCCGCCUCCGCUGACCCAGAACCCCCUUCGCCUACCACAGCCUCUCCUGCGACCUGAGGCUGCCUCAUCGCGUCCGGAGCCUCGACCGCUCCUACAGCCGCCACUAUUAACGCGAAAUUGUAUCGUUUAUGCUGGACUUCGAGGUUUUUAUCAGUGAUUGUUAGAUUUAAACUGUUUUCAGUUUCAUUAAUUCUUUUUUACUUAUAGUCAUGUUAGGGAACCGUAACACUCUAUUUUUAGAGUUGAAUUGUGAUUUUUAAAGUCAGCAUUGAUAUCGUAUGCCAUUUUAUUUUUGAGCCAAAGGUAAUUAAUUAUUUUUAUAGUAUGAUCUGUGUAGUAUAAGUAAAGUUAUGUCCAGUAUCAGUAAAUUAUAUAAGAUGUUAAAGCUUCUUUAAAUUAGAGUAAAUUAUAAAUGAUAUCUAUUCAACAACAUAGUACAAGUCUUCUAGCCUUAAGUCAUAAAAUGACUCUUAUAUGUUGUAUGUAAAGUAAAUAUGCGCUUGUUAAGGCCAAGUUUAUUUUUAUAGCAGUAGGUAAGUUAUUGCUUCAAGACUGGGAAUUGCGGGGCUAGUCCUAUUUGUCCCGGCUUCACAUUGAAUGGGCUCUUGUCAAUGUAUACAUAUAUACACCUAUGAAAUCUACCCUUUUCUUGGAAAAUUAAAAAAAAACGCGAGGGCAAUCUAACCUCGCUGAUAGACCAAAAAAAUGCUUUACGAAAAAAACACAAAAUGAGAAUUAUAUAUCUUGUGAGAUACGUUGCCAAUAAAAGGGUUAAUGGGCGCUGCUAAUGCCGCCUUCUGUUUUGUAAUCAUUUUCAAAGGCACAUACAAAUAAUUUCAUGACGAGCUAUGGAUUAGAUGAGAAGUUAUAGAACUCAACUUGCUCAAAUGGAAGUGACACGCAAGUGUGUGCACGUAAAUGAGCAUAAUUUCUAUCCACGGCAGUGACAUCCGUACAUGGAAGUGACUGCAGAAAAAAAGGAAAAUCUAACCAUAAAUGCGAAGUCGGGACAAAUUGGAAUUAGGCACUUGUGCAACAAGAUAGCUGUCUAAAGUAAUGGAUGUGUUUAACAGUAUUUAGUUCAGCGUGUCAUUGUCUCGGCGAGUGUCACGGCGCGCGGGCACAUUGUCCGCUGCCAGCGUGACAGUUGGCUGCACAUUCGUGUCGUUAAAGAGCUCUAUUUUAGAUACCAAGAAACAGGUCAUAAUCAAGAUCUUUGCACUAUGGUUGGCCCUAUGGUUAAAUAGCAGAUUCAUUCAUUGUAUUAGUGGUAGGCCGUCGUCGGCGUCGGCUACCGACCUAUUACGUCAUUUAAAUUUAAAAUAGAAAUUCCAACAACUCAAAAAUGACGUAUGCCACUUGAUGAGGUGUAUUCGAAGACAAAAUUACGCAUCAAAAUUAUGCGGUAAUUCCGGUUGUCAAACGUUGACGUUUGAAAAAUACAGGUACAGUCACUUCUGAAAAUAUAGAUAUGGAUGACAAAGUGCCAAAAAUAUGUAUACUGCUCACUAUAUGGGCAAUAAGGUUGUGUACCUAUACAUAUUUUUGGCACUUUGUCCGUAUCGAUAUUUUCAGACGUGACUGUACAUAGUCGAGGGCACAUCUUGGUAAUAGACAAUGCUGUUACACAUAUUAAAUUUGAAGUCCGCCAUUCAUUGUACAAUUUGGUCUUUUGUGCAAAGUAGAUAUUUGUAACUUACAUUGUUGAAUUGUUAAGUUUAAGCUAUUUUUGUCUUACAUAUUUAACCUAUUUACGAAAUUUUAUCAUUAGAUUCUAUGAUAUGAAACUGAGUUUCAGUGCAAUAUUACGUUACAAAAGCACCAAGGGAAGCUGAUAUGUGAUAGUUGAUAAGAAUAAAUAAUUUAACAGUAUAUUUUGAAAAUAUAUAGGUACUUCUAUGUUUAUAAAGAUUAUAUUAUAAUCACAGACUAAUAUUUUUGUUAACACAUUUAUUUAUCUUGCCGGAGAUGUGUCAGAACAAUAGAGAUGUAUGAUAGUGUUAAGCAGUUUGCUUGUUACUGUGAUAAACAUUGUAUUGUAGCUGAAAGUGGGCUGCUUUAAUGAUUUAGGAUCUUACCCAUGUUAUAGUAAUGUUUGACACACUUCUCACGUCUAGUUGAAAGAUAUUGUAUAAGAGGCACUUCUUUCAUUACAUUUUAUGGCUAGUUGAUACACAAGUUAUAAUGUUAUGGAGGAAAUACUUAGGAAGUGGUAAUGGACAUUAAUAAAAGCCGUUUAAAUUACACCUGAUCUAAGUUGUGUGGGUGAAAUUAAAAAAUUGGGCCAUUGUCAACAAUUAUUUCACCUUAGGAACUGAGUGGAACUUUGUGGUAUGGAGUUAAAAUUUCAAACAUUUUACAUCUCAUUACAAUGGCAUAAAAUGGAGUGGCUAAAGAAGAAAUGAUUCAGAUUUAUAGUAAAAUUGCCGCUUCCAAGGUGCCUUUGCUAGUAAUAUUUGUCUUACAAUUUUUCUCUAAGGUGUAGCUAUGAUUAUGUAGGUAACUUAAGCCUGUUGGUGGCUAAAAGCUCUUAAAAUAUGUUUUUUUUUAUUGAAAUGGUAAGUUAGGGUUCUGGGUUGAAGAGAGUACAUUUUGCUCAUCCAAUGAGGGCUAACGCGUAUGAAUUCGCCGCCGCUGUUCUUUAUUCUUUUGGACCACCAUCAACAGAGGUGCCAACUGGUGACCAAAAAACGAUAACCCUCAUUGAAACUAAAAAAAACAUGCAUUCUGUGGCAGUUAUAAGCCCUUCCAAUUAUGGGCUAUGGCCAGCUACUAAGCAUGUUAGUUUUAUGUCUUAAGAACAUUUUUUCAAGAAACUGUUACUGUCAUGACCUGUCUGAUAGGACAGAAUAACAACCCAGACACCCAGAAAAUCAGGAAUUGAUAAAUGUGAGUGAUGUCUAUAACUUGUUUUAAUUGGUGACAAUACAACCUGUGUCUGGUCUAGUCUUGUAAAUUGUUUGAUCUAUUGUAAAUUCUACUGAUAAUGAUCAUUAAGAGUAGGGACCUGAGUUGUAACUGUAAAAUGGAUAAUUCUAUAAUACUCUGUUUAUCAUUGAAGUUGAUGGAUAUGUUCUUAACAUUAUAGGAUAUGGUAUAUGUACUGAAAAUAAAAGUAUUUUAUUUCGGAAA